AUGACUCAAGACGAGUACAACACUCGCGCACCUCACGAGGGCAUGUCCCCAGGUCGUUACGCAGCCACAAGAUUCUCCUCGCUCAAGCCUCCCAUGCACAAUGUCCCGAAUCCCAUCAAACUCGUGCGCAUGUUGAACUCCCAACAAUGGGCAUUCUUCUUUGUCGCCUUCGCAGCUUGGACAUGGGACGCAUUCGAUUUCUUCUCCGUAUCUCUCACCGUUACAAGUCUCAGCAAAACCUUUGACAAAUCCAAAACCGACAUUACAUGGGGCAUCACCCUCGUUCUCAUGUUCAGAUCCGUUGGCUCUAUCGCCUUCGGUAUCGCGAGUGAUCGAUACGGUCGAAAGUGGCCAUUCGUGGUCAACAACCUUCUCUUCAUUGUUCUUGAACUUGGCACUGGUUUCUGUCAAACCUACCAGCAGUUUCUAGCUUGCAGAGCCCUUUUUGGCGUUGCCAUGGGCGGUCUUUAUGGUAACGCUGCCGCCACUGCCCUCGAAGAUUGUCCAGAGGAGGCCCGUGGUCUCAUGAGUGGUAUUCUCCAGCAAGGUUAUGCUUUCGGAUACCUUCUCUGCGCUGCAUUUGCUCGCGGUCUCGUCGAUACAACAUCUCACGACUGGCGUCCUCUCUUCUGGUUCGGCGCUUGUCCCCCAGUUCUCUUCAUCAUCGCUCGUCUGAUGCUCCCCGAGACACAAGCCUAUCAGGAACGCCAACACGCACGAGAGGUUGCUGGUGCAGACGGGAAAGGAAAGGUCUUCAUCAAAGAAGGCAAAGUCGCUCUUAAGCACCAUUGGCUUCUGCUGGUAUAUCUCGUCCUUCUCAUGGCGGGCUUCAACUUUAUGAGCCACGGUAGCCAGGACUUGUACCCUACCAUGUUGGAGAACCAGCUCAACUUUUCCAAGAACAAGGUCACUGUCACCCAGGUUGUGGCUAACUUGGGAGCUAUGCUUGGUGGCACUGUCGUCGGGUUCAGCAGCCAAUCUCUUGGUCGUCGAAUCAGCAUCAUCGCUUGUUGCAUCGUUGGCGGUGCCCUGCUGUAUCCCUAUACUUUUGUCCGCGACUCUUCAAUUAUUGCGGCUGCGUUUUUCCAGCAAUUCUGUGUCCAGGGAGCUUGGGGUGUCAUUCCUAUCCAUUUGAUGGAAUUAUCUCCAGGAGCUUUCCGUACUUUCGUCGUCGGUACAUCCUAUCAGCUCGGUAACCUUGUGUCUUCAGCUUCGUCGACCAUCGAGGCCCGUCUCGGCGAGAACUUCCCACUUCCCGACAACGCUGAAGGCCAGACUCGCUACGACUACGGAAAAGUCAUCUGUAUCUUCAUGGCAUGUGUGUACGUGUACGUCAUUGUUCUGACGUUCAUCGGCCCUGAGAACUUGAGGGGCAAGUUCGAUGUUGCCCAUGACUCUGAUGCCAGGGAGGCCAUGGGCGACGGGGCUAUGGAACAGGCCGCUGACCGCCAUGGGCAUUACGACGAGGAAACCGGUAGGAUCAGCAGUGAGAAGCCUGAGGUUGCUCACCUGCGGGAAUAG